ACAUUGACCAGAAAAUAAAUAACUUGAAUCAACAACCGCUAUUCCCUCCUCACCAGUAGAGGGCGACACGUGUUGUAAAGUCGCGCCGCGAGUGGAUAAACUUUUCCGGCCAACUAGAGUCGUUCCUUCCGGCUCCGGUCCCUAAUCAAGUUGAAAGAUGCUGAUGCCCAAGAAGAAUCGCAUUGCUAUCUAUGAGCUCCUCUUUAAGGAGGGUGUCAUGGUGGCCAAGAAAGACGUCCACCUGCCCAACCACCCCGAGCUUGCGGACAAGAAUGUGCCCAACCUUCAUGUGAUGAAAGCGAUGCAGUCCUUGAAGUCCUGUGGGUAUGUCAAGGAGCAAUUUGCCUGGCGCCAUUUUUACUGGUACCUGACCAAUGAGGGCAUCCAGUACCUGAGAGACUUUCUCCACCUUCCCCCUGAGAUUGUACCUGCAACUCUGCGCCGCCAGACCCGCCCUGAGACCGCAAGGCCCAGGCCCAAGGGAAUGGAAGGCGAGAGGCCGGCCCGUCUGAAUCGUGGGGAGGCUGACAGAGAUGCAUACAGGCGAUCUGCUGCACCCCCCGGUGCUGACAAGAAAGCAGAGGCUGGUGCUGGAGCUGCUACAGAGUUCCAUUUUAGGGGUGGAUUUGGCCGUGGCAGAGGACAGCCGCCUCAGUAAAUUUCACUUUGUUUAUGUACAAUAAAGAAAAAUCAAAACACAACUCAAAAA